CGGGACGGCGCAUGCCCAGAAGCCGCCGGACGUCACGUGACCCGCCCCAAACCAACCGGGUUUGAAUAUUUUUUUUCUCUCGUCUCCUCUUUUUCCCUGCCAGCGGCUGCUGUGCAGUCACAUCUCUAAAAUGGCGACCGUGGAACCGGAAACUGUCAAUACUCAAGAAGAAGAAGAAGCAGAAAAAACAGAGACUAGUCAGGAGAUUGUAAACCCUGAGCACUACAUUAAGCAUCCACUACAGAACAGAUGGGCCUUGUGGUUCUUCAAGAAUGACAAAAGCAAAACCUGGCAGGCCAACCUUCGUCUAAUUUCUAAGUUUGACACAGUUGAAGAUUUUUGGGCGCUUUACAAUCAUAUCCAGUUGUCUAGUAACUUAAUGUCAGGGUGUGACUACUCACUCUUUAAGGAUGGGGUUGAGCCCAUGUGGGAAGAUGAAAAGAAUAAGCGUGGUGGAAGAUGGCUAAUUACUUUGAAUAAACAGCAAAGAAGAAAUGACUUAGAUCGCUUUUGGUUAGAAACGCUCAUGUGCCUUAUUGGAGAAUCCUUUGAUGAACACAGUGAUGAUGUAUGUGGAGCUGUUGUAAAUGUUAGAGCAAAAGGAGAUAAAAUAGCAAUUUGGACUACUGAUUGUGAAAACAGGGACGCUGUUACACAUAUAGGGAGAGUUUACAAAGAAAGGUUAGGACUUCCCCCAAAAGUAGCGCUUGGAUACCAGUCCCAUGCAGACACUGCUACCAAGAGCGGCUCCACCACUAAGAAUAGAUUUGUUGUUUAAGAAGACGCCAUCGGAGUAUUCUUUCAUAGGAGACUGCGUCAAGCAAUCGCGACUUGGGAGCUGUACCAAAGCCUCUACAAAAGCAGAGUGGACUGCAUUAAAAAAAAAUUGAUUUCCACCUCAAUAUUGCUAAGAAUUAUGAAAACUCAUUCGCUUUUUGUAUUGUGCCCUAUGUUUAAAAUUCCCUCACAUUUUUUCUUUUUCUUUCUUUUAUAUUUGGUCAAAUAAGUUAUCCAAUCAAAACAUUUCCAAUGCGCAAAUGCCCUUCCUACCAGUUCUCUCAUAGGUUGCCCAGGUUAUCUCUGUAAUAGUCCUUUAUUUUUGUCUCUUUACUAUUACAGAAACUAUUUAUCCAGAGUGUGCACUUGCAACUCCCACAGGAAAAUGAAUAUUUACAUUGUCUGCAGUUACAAUAGUUUGCUGAUUUGCAAGGCGGAGGAUUAAAAUGCAUUCAAAACUUAUCUAGCGAUUCAUGGUUUGUUUUAUUUUAAUUUUUUUUUUUCUCUUUUUAAACAGCAUUGUUUUGGCUGUAUUUUGUGCUGUUGUUGGCUGCUAGGUUAAUUUAUUUGUUCCCUCCUUGAUAACAUUAGUGAUAUUCUGAUUUCAUUUUUUUCUUUUUUUAGUUCAUGUAACAUUGGUGAUGGAUCCCAGGGGGAAAAAAAAGGAAAUUGGUUGAAUAAAAGUGUCUAUUUUGUGCGUUUAGAAACCUUCUUUUAAUUUAAAUUUUUUUAUUUUGUAUGCCAUUACAAAGCUUUGCUGCAAGUUUAUGCAUUUCAGUAGAAUCUGUGACCUGUUUCUGUGAUUUCUUAAACAUAAUUGUGGAUU